AUGCAAAAAAUCAAAACAAUUGUUGACGACCUUGCCUUGAUUGGGCACCCCCUAAGUGACGCUGAGAUCGUCGUUCACACCCUCCAUGGCCUCAGUAAUGACUAUAAAGAACUGAAUGCAGCCAUACGUACAAGAGAAACAGCUAUGACAUUCGAAGAGCUUCACGAUAAACUUCUAGAUCACGAGACUUUUCUAAAACGAGGAGAAGGGAAGAGAGUGACAACACCAAUCACUGCCCAGUACAACCAUCAUCGCUCCAACAACAAUAAAAACAGGUCUGGUUCUGGAAAUCAUCAAAACAAUAGAAUGGGAAACAACAAUUAUGGCAACAGGUCAAUAUCAGGCAACCCACAGACCAACUCAGGAAAUCAAGGUUUUCAUAACCCCUCCUCCUCCCCCUCCAACAGCAACUUUUCCUAUAAUACAAUGGGCAAUUUUACUCCAGCAAGUCACUCCCAACAUCAACCAUGGCGACCAAACAACAACCAUGGACAACCUAAGCCAAUAUGCCAACUCUGUGACAAAAUUGGGCAUACGGCAAAGGUUUGUCGGUCUCGAGCAAGGCCACACCACAAUCCUAAUUGGCCUCAGGCGAAUCUCUUGACCACAGAUCACCAAUCCAACAACAACAAUUGGCUGGUUGACUCCGGUGCAUCACACCACAUUACCUCUGACUUGCAAAAUCUCUCUGUUCACUCUGAUUACAAUGGGAAUGAAGACAUAAUGGUUGGCGACGGUAACGGACUUGAGUACGGGGGCAUCCUUGGUGCGAGGCCAGAAUAA